CAACAUAUUAUAUACUUUUCGCAAAGUUUAGAAAUUUCAAUAGCUAAAAUUACAAUUGAAAUAAACAAAAUGGAUAAAAAGGAGACAAAACUUUCCGCGGAUGAGCGUCAAUUUUUUGUUGCAACUCGCAUGAGUUUGCCGCUCUUUAUGUUAUCACGUAAUCGUCUGCGUGAGGAUAAUUUGGAUAGUGUUCAGAAGCAGUUCAAGCUAGCUGGAGGACAUUACAAUGCAUCUUGUCAACAAGAAAAUCGUAGAGAGGAGUUUAGUGCCGCAACUUAUGAUCAUUAUAGACAUGUGACGGGCUUUGAAAAGACGCCCGUAACGCCGUACCCGCCCAAGCGUCCUUUGCGCUACAAUCGAGAAAUGACCACGUGGCGCGGCUAUCAACAGGCGCCGAAUCGUUAUGGAGUGCUGCCCGAACCAUACAAGAGUAGGAUGGGCUCCAAGGGCUCCGUUUUCGCUAAGAUGCAUGUGAACAAAAGUCGGGUGAGCAUUAAGCCACCGCCGUCGCAGUUUUACGAGUUGCCAUCGGAAAUCGAGCGAUUUUUUCGACCAGAGAACAAGCAAAAGGGCAUCUUCUUAACAAAUGCGCGUGAACGUCGUCCUUCGACACGCUUCAUGACAUGCGAUCCGACUAUGUGCUGGCGCAAUCCGGAAGAUCCUGGACCCUAUGAGACUUAUACCAAUAACCAUGAGAUUCGAACAAACAUGGCGCCCAAGAAAGUAGUGAAGCUCGACAAUCCACAUUUGUUUCUGCGUAACUCGUGUGUGUUAACGAAUCGCAGCCCACUUUUACGGCCGCACAUUAGCUUCGAGCCAUGUCCCGGCCGCUAUGACAUACGCUAUCCGAACGUGUGCCCCUGUGAGCGUGGCAUGAAGCCUUCGCCACGGCUGACGAUCUACAUUGAGACACAGAAGCGCAAUAAGUUUCGACGCUUGCCAUACAAGCCGGUCAAUGUUCGCAAGCUUUGUGAGCCCGACUGGCGCCAUGUUAUUGGCCGUGGCCAUAAGCAUCUCUUUCAGAUGGGCAAGCAUGAUUUGCCCAAGACACAGGUGAAGAAGACGGAAAAGAAGGGCAAGAAGGCGGAGAAGCAGCUGAAGCUGUAUGCUGAUGGCAAAUAUCUCAAUAUGCUCGUCAAUCCGAAACAUUUUUCAAUAUCAGUACGCGAUUUCCCCUUGGACCCGUAUGUGCCACGUAUUGUCUACAAUUGCAUUGCCAAGCGUAUUGUGCGCAAGCAGCUGCGUAACAACAAGAAAAUUGCCUUCAUGAGCGGCCAGGAGCGCUGGAAGGAUGGCGUACGUGUGCUACAGAUGACACAGCGUCAGUUGGAGGAGAUUAAGGCGAGAUUGCCGGAGGAUCGACGUCUCGAGGAUCAUCCAAUUAACUUGCGCCCAUCGAAGAUGGUCAGCCGUCUGCAAUUUGUGCCCGAACGCAUGCGUACCACAUACCUGCCCACGCUGCGCAAGCGCCUCUUCAAAUUUCUACCCAUACCUGGUGCUCGGGUCCUGGUCACCGACAGCGAUAUACGCCCGGAUUUGCCAUUUGAUCGCGAAAAUCCGACGGGCCUGUACCAUGUGAAGCUCGACGAGACGAAAUUCUUUCGUGAUUCGAUUCUGUUGGAGAUGGAGCAGCAACGUUUGGGCAUCGCUAAGCUUGAUAAAACAGCCGAAGAUAAGUCUUCGGAGCCAUCCAUGAGUGGCAUUAGCAUGACGCCUUCAAUAACUUCCGCCGGCAAGUCCUCAAUUCAAAAUAGAUUAACUAUAUUAAUGGAAACCCAACCAGAUGACUAAGGUGUCUUCUUCUCUCUCUCUCUGCGCUCUACCUUACUAUAUGACUUCUCGAAAAGGAGCGCGCAUGAGCAUCACGUUUACAUAGUUUUAUGAUUUAUAUGCCAUGCUCCAGUAAAUUUUAAAGCCACCAAAACUGUGCUGCUUUAGCUACUCCUGCCAUAAAGCAGCAGAACGUAACUUUUGACCAUAAAAUAAAUAACUUUUCAGUUGUCCGUCGCCCAGGCUUGGUUUCCGUCUGCAUGUGUGUGUUGGAAAUGGCCAAAAACCAGCAGAAGCCAGCACGAAAUAAUUAAGUUUUCCAACGUUUUGCGGAAUCUGUGCCGGGUCCGGGAUUUUCUAGCCAGACAACUACUACGGUCUACGUGUGGCCCGCUACAUGUGGCC